AUGGUCAGUUCCUCGACAAUGCUAGCAAGAAUGGACAAGCUGAUAAAAGUUUCUUACCACGAACUCCAUCGUGCGACUUCAGGAUUCUCUCCAGAAAACUCAGUCGGAUCAGGAAGUUUUGGGAUUGUGUACAAAGGAAGGCUAGAUGAACAUGGCAAUAGGGUUGUUGCAGUUAAAUUUCUUGACCUUCGAAAAAAUGGGGCUUCGAAGAGCUUCAAGGCUGAGUGCAAAGCAUUGAAAAACAUCCGCCAUCGAAAUCUUGUUUCAGUACUAAGCUAUUGCUCCAGCAUCGAUUCCAGAGGUAAUGAAUUCAAGGCCCUAGUCUAUGAGUUCAUGGAGAAUGGAAAUCUUGACUCGUGGUUGCAUCCAAAUACAGCUGAUGAGCCAACAGGAUCAAGAAAUCUUAAUCUCCUCCAUAGGCUAAAUAUUGCAAUUGAUGUUGCUUUAGCUUUGCAUUAUCUUCACAACGAUUGCAUAAAGGAAGUUGUUCAUUGUGAUCUAAAGCCAAGUAACAUUCUUCUUGAUAAUGACCUCGUUGCUCACUUGGGAGAUUUUGGAUUAGCAAGGCUUCUUCCUAGCACCAUCAAUACUUCUUCAGAUCAAGGAACUAGCAGUCUAGCAGUACCAUUCCAAUACAAGGAACCAUCGGCUAUGCAGCUCCAGGUAAUAUUGUUGCUACCUUCUGUUACCAAAGUUUUAAACGUAGAAUCUUCAAAACAUGCUGACGAGGGGACAGGGUGA